GGCGGUUACACUGGUAGAGGCUGACGGAAUUCGGUCUAUUCAGUAAGGCAUCAGUUCGGGCACAAAGUAGUAGUUUGUGUUUUCAAUGGAGCACCCUGUACAAGAAUGGCAGGAUUUUGUCCACAAGAGGUGGCUCCAUCUGUCCCCUUCUGAAAAAGAAACGUUUUCUAAACUUGCAGACCUGGAGAAGAUGUUCAUGGCUUGUUGGUCAAUGCUCCAGCCAGAAGAUGAAGAGACUUUAGACAGAGUAUCUUGCGAUCUGAGUGUGGAUAAACAACCCAAUGCAGUACUUUUUUACAAAGAAGAGGGAAAUAGGAGGUUUGGAAGAAAACGGUACACAGCGGCAGCUGUUUUAUAUUCCAAGGCUCUGUCCCAUGCAAGCCCUGGCACUGAAGAGAUGGCAAUAUGUUUUGCCAAUCGAUCUGCUGUACUGUUUCACCUUGGACAUUACUCUGCGUGCUUGGAGGACAUUGAACGUGCUAAAGAGCAUGGAUAUCCUGAGAGACUAAAGAACAAAAUUCUUCAUCGCCAGACAGAAUGUUUCCAAAGGCUUAAGCAAGCUUCAGUCUUAACAGCAUGUAAGAUUAGUACAGGAGUUAAUGGACCGGUUCAACCAACAAGUGAGUCCAACACAAGCAGUUUGAAUCAUAAACUUCAAGAACUCGGCUUGGACAGGAAUCCACUGGUAACAAAUGUUUGCGGUUCUUUGAGACUUGAGUAUAGCACUUCCAAAGGGCGCCACAUGGUUGCUGCAGAAGAUAUCAACCAAGGGGAGGCCUUAAUAUUGGAAGAAGCUUUUGUAAGUGUUAUUAUUCCAGUGAGGAAGCAUCAGAAAGAAACAGCUGUUUUGGAUACCACAACUACACAAUGUGAUCUUUAUUGUCACCAUUGCUUGGGAAAGAUGUUGGCAUCAUUGCCCUGUAAGCAUUGCAGUUAUGCCAAAUACUGCAGUCAAAAUUGCAAGGAUACUGCAUGGAGUAGUUAUCACAAUACUGAGUGCUUAUUGGGUGGACUCCUACUUGCGUUAGGUGUCUUCUGUCACACAGCACUGAGGGCUGUGCUUGUGGCCGGCUGUGAUCAGGUUAUACAUCAAACUACAUUAGUAGGUGCCAAUACUGAACUUCCUAUGUGCAAGCAGGGACUUGUUAAAAAGUAUUGUAGCUCCUACCGUGCUGUAGUAAACCUUCUGCCACACACUGAGAAUCAUAAAGGUGACAUGAAGUUCCAAUGUGGAUUCACUGCAGCAGCUUUAUGCAAAAAACUAAGCUUAUACUACAAUUCAGGGAAAGAUAUGGGGACAUUGACACCUUUUGAGAAAUCGUUACAAAAGCUAAUAAGUACAAAGGACAUCGGAUCUGCAGACCUGCAAAAUUUAGGGCAGGCAAUAUUCCGGCACAUGCUUCAGCUUCAUUGCAAUGCCCAAGCAAUAAUGGUUCUCCAAGAGGAAUAUGAGGGACCUGAUUUAUCCAAAGUAGAAAGCAGCAAGAGUUCACGCCUUGCAACAGCAAUGUUUCCUGUCCUGAGUAUGCUGAACCAUUCCUGUGAUCCCAAUACCAGUGUGUCUUUCCAAGGCAGGUGUUGCAUGGUCAGAGCUAGCCGACCAAUCAAAAAAGGAGAGGAGGUGUGCCACUGCUAUGGUCCGCACAAACUGCGAUUGGGUGUAGAAGAGAGGCAGCGAUUACUGAAUGCUCAGUAUUUUUUUACUUGUCACUGUGAUGCUUGCAAUAGAGAGCAAAAUUCUAUGGACAAAACCAAUUGCAAUUUCAGUUGUCCAAAGUGCAGCUCUCCAUUAGAGGGAGGAGAAGAGUUGGACUGCAGCAGUGCAUCAUGCAACAAUGCCGUCACUAGAAGUCAACUGUUAAUCCGGUUACAGCAGCUUCAGCAUAAAGUUAACAUAGCUGAGGAGCAGCUGCAGAAUAAUCACACAGAUGUGGCCAUAGCCAUGUUAAUGUCCUGCUUAUCAGAAGCAGAAACGUUUCUUUCGGUUAACCACUUACUACGGGGGGAAAUCUCAGAUCAUCUGGCUCAAGCAGAAGCAUCUAAAGGUAACUGGACAGCAGCAGCAGAGCACCUUAGAAAAAGCAUACAAACUGUGGAGCAAUGUUAUGGCUCCUCAAGCUUAGAACUGGGGCAUGAGCUUUUCAAACUGGCUCAGAUCCUAUUCAAUGGACGAAAAGUUUCUGAUGCUAUGGACUCUAUCCUAAGGGCUCAGCAGCUGCUCUCCACCCACUAUGGACCCAAUAACAAUUUAGUGCAAGAACUGCAGGAGAUGAAAAUAUGUCUGUUACAGUCCCAAGACCAAACCUUACAUAACUAUGGAAAAUGACCAAUGUUGCCUCUAAGGUUGCCCAGCAGUGAAACAGUUAAUAAAUUAACCAUACCUUGCAGGCUGUAGUUCACUAAUUAACUGUUUCAUUGCUGGCCAUUCACAAAAUGUUGUCUUAGAGUGAACACUGGAAAUGACUGAUAAUAAUCUUAGCAAAACACGAGUAAGACUGCAAUAAUGUGACACUGUGCAUCUGUAUAGCCAGCCAGAAACAGCUGGGCUACCCCUUCCUCUGUCCAACAAUUUUUACUCCGUAUACACACACAUUCUCAGGUAAAGCCAAUGUGUUUUGGGGAUGUAUUUGAAACCCGACUGUCUGAAUAUUUUUAAGUGCUAGUCAGUGAUUCCUUUCCUUGUAUAUUUUGUAAAUACUUUUACUGUCUGUUUCUGCAACAAGAAUAAACAGAGCAAUAUGCCUGAGCUAUCAUUAAACAGAACCUAUAAAAUAAUAAUAAAAAAAGAUCUUCUGUUUGUUAUCUCCAUAUUCUUUCUUUUCAUAAAAAGCCACUGGCCUAGAUUCACUAAACAUUCAGACAGCUCUUCUGCUGGGUGAAGCUAAAAUUGCUAUUGUAUUCAUAUUUGUUAGGUGUUCCCACUCCUAGUAUGUAGGUGACUAUAUACCUUUAUUUCAGGGCUAUGCAUCAGUACUUUUAAUAAUGAGAACACAUAGUUAAUAUAUAUUUGCAUACACAUGGCUAAGGGAUUGUAUUUCACAAUUUACACCAGCCAGCUGAUUACACCUUUUAUGAGAUUCUGUUCCCUAAGCGUAACUUAUUUUAAUAAAUAUCACAGAUGUGCAACUUGGCUCUUUUUUUCUGCUAGAGAAAUAGGCAGGGGAGAAAUGGUUCCUGAACAAUAAGUAAAACAGACUUUUAUUGCAUGUGGCUUGUUCUGGCACAUAGCAGAGGGCCUCAUCUUUUCAAAUAAUACAGCAAUAAAAAUAAACAAUGGGUGUUGCUAGUAAAAGGAGACGCACAAGGACACACUUUAUUAUUAUUUUUUUACAUAGCAAACUGGCACUGUGGCUGUUGAGACCAGAUCAAAGUGAAACAUGUAAACGGUUAGAUUUAUCAAACAUGGUUUCUGGUGCAAACAAAAAAAAUCAUAGGUUUAUUAAGUGAUUUAACCUGUUGGCUGCCAGAAUGGGCUGGAACGCACUCCUAUAAAGUACAUUACAGCUCUCCUGGCAGCCAAGGUAUUAAGCCGCUGAUGCAUCAGACAUAUGGAAUGACAAAGCAUAGUGGGAUUUUCUUUUGCAAGAUUAAUCUUUUUCCAAAUGCUAACUGACACAUAGAUCCAACGUGAAAAAUGCCAGUGUAGCUGGAAGUCUAUAAAGCUGUUGAUUGAUUGGUAUAAAGUACAGUAUUGACAACUCAUUUUCUUAGC